CUUUUUAGUGUUAUGGAACACUCUUAAACCCCUCGCUCAGAAGCCGGGCACGCAUUUCAGCUCAUCCAGUUCCCCAUUUUCGUUCCCAGCUAGUUGAGUGAAAAUGGCUGUCGCUUCUUUCGGCUCUAGUAUUUUAUCGAGUCCGUACAUGCUAUGGUAUCAGCCUAAUAUCAGAAGACCACGAUUCAGUGCUUGCUCGGUGCAUACUUCGUCUGUUAAAGGCGCAAGUGGUACUAAGCUUCCUCUUAAAAGGCGUUUAAUAGGUGAAGGGUCUGGAAAAAGUAUGGAUGACUCUGUUCAACGUAAGAUGGAACAAUUCUAUGAAGGGUCCCAAGGCCCUCCUUUACGAAUCCUCCCCAUUGGAGGUUUAGGAGAGAUCGGGAUGAAUUGCAUGCUAGUUGGAUAUUAUGAUAGAUAUAUACUGAUUGAUGCUGGUGUAAUGUUCCCCGGAUACGACGACCUUGGUGUCCAGAAAAUUAUUCCUGACACCACAUUCAUUAAAAGGUGGAGCCACAAAAUUGAAGCAGUUGUCAUAACUCAUGGACAUGAGGAUCAUAUUGGUGCAUUGCCUUGGGUCAUUCCAAGCCUUGAUUCACAGACACCGAUAUUUGCAUCUUCAUUCACAAUGGAGCUGAUAAAAAAAAAGCUGAAGGAGUUCAAUAUCUUUGUUCCUUCGAGGCUUAAAGUAUUUAAAACAAGAAGAAAAUUUACUGCAGGCCCGUUUGAGGUAGAAUGUAUAAGGGUUACCCAUUCUAUCCCUGAUUGUUGUGGACUAGUUCUACGUUCUGAUGCUGGCACUAUUCUCCAUACAGGCGACUGGAAGAUAGAUGAAUCACCAUUAGAUGGACAUUUUUUCGAUCGUGGUGCUCUUGAGGAACUCUCUAAAGAAGGGGUUACAUUGAUGAUGAGUGAUUCAACAAAUGUCCUUGCUUCUGGAAGGACCAUUAGUGAGACUGUUGUAGCUGCCUCAUUGCUGAGGCACAUAUCUGCUGCAACAGGAAGGGUAAUCACUACUCAAUUUGCAUCAAACAUUCACCGGAUUGGAAGUAUAAAGGCUGCUGCUGAUUUGGUUGGGAGAAAGCUGGUGUUUGUUGGUAUGGCCCUAAGGACAUAUCUUGAUGCUGCAUGGAAGGAUGGGAAGGCUCCAAUUGAUCCAUCAACUUUGGUGAAAGCUGAAGAUAUUGAUGCUUAUGCCCCAAAAGAUUUGGUGAUUGUCACAACAGGCUCUCAAGCUGAACCACGAGCUGCAUUGAAUCUUGCAUCGUAUGGUAGUAGCCAUUUACUCAAGCUGAACAAGGAGGAUUUGAUUCUUUAUUCUGCUAAGGUGAUCCCUGGCAAUGAGACUCGGGUAAUGAAAAUGCUGAACCGUGUUUCUGGAAUAGGGUCAACAGUAAUAAUGGGAAAGAGUGCACUUCUGCACACAUCUGGCCAUGCUCACCGUGAAGAAUUGGAAGAAGUGCUGAAAAUCGUGAAGCCGCAACAUUUUCUUCCAAUUCAUGGAGAGCUUUUAUUCUUAAAGGAGCAUGAACUGCUUGGGAGGUCUACUGGCAUUAGGCACACUACUGUUAUAAAAAACGGAGAGAUGCUGGGCAUUUCACAUCUGAGGAACAGAAGAGUUUUAUCCAAUGGUUUUAUUUCCCUGCAUAAAGAGGAUCUGCAGUUAAUGUACAGCGAUGGCGACAAAGCAUUUGGUACAGCUGUUGAACUUUGCAUCGAUGAGAGAAUGAGAAUUGCUUCAGAUGGUAUAAUAGUUGUCAGUAUGGAGAUUAUGCGUCCCCAAAGCACUGAUGUUCCUUUAUCUGAGACAUCCAUUAAAGGAAAAAUAAGAAUCACAACGCGUUGUCUAUGGCUUGAUAAAGGAAAACUUUUGGAUGCACUUUACAAAGCUGCACAUGCUGCACUAUCUAGCUGUCCUUUAAAUUGUCCUCUCCACCACAUCGAAAGAACUGUUUCUGAAAUCUUAAGGAAACUAGUAAGAAAGUAUAGCAGUAAAAGACCUGAAGUUAUUGCAAUUGCAUUAGAAAAUCCUGUCAGUGUCCUAGCGGAUGAGAUCCAUGGCAGGCUAGUAGGAAAGUCCAGUGCUAGUUCUGGAGUUUCAGCACUAAGAAAAUCCAUAAAUGGAGAUCACAAAAUGAGGGGGGCAUCAAAUACGAUACAAGCACAAGAGGACAAUGGCCCUGAAUUUCCCAUGAACAUCACAUAUGAGGAAGAAAAAGGUUCUACUGAUGUUGGUGUUGAAGGGUAUACAUCUAAAAUAUUGCAAGAGUUAUCUAUGGAUGAUGUUCCUUCAGAAGAAGAUUGCAAUGAUGACCUCCGUCAAGAAAAACUGCAUGAUAGCAACAACAGUGCACUCCCCUCGGACUUGUUGAAAUCAAAAUCUUCUAAUUCCGUUAAAAGGAACAAGUGGAAACCUGAAGAGGUUAAAAGGUUGAUUAAAAUGCGUGGUGAACUCAAAAGCAAAUUUCAAGUCCCAAAGGGGCGAAUGGCUCUCUGGCAAGAGAUAUCUUCAAGUUUGCAAUCUGAUGGAAUCAUUCGAACCCCUGCGCAAUGCAAAUCAUUAUGGACAUCUCUUGUUCAAAAAUACGAUGAAACUAAGAAUGAUGUAAAGAGCCAAGAAAGGUGGUCCUAUUUUAAGGACGUGCAUGAAAUUUUGUCAAACUCAGGGGCACCUGCAUGAAGACAUUAGAGUGUCAAAAGUUUGGGGCUUUGGUGGAUUAUUAUCUCAAAGAAACACUCUUGGUCACCUGUCCUGUCACGCUUUGCCAAACUAGUAUCAAGCCUAUCAUGAUUUUACUUGAAAAAAUGUGUCCUACGGUGAAUUCCACUACAUGGAGCGAUGGAGCCACUAGCUUUAGCUUUUGAGCCGAUUCAAAACAGAGGUUGGGGGUAGCAAAGUGACCAGAGAGAGAGUCUGAGACUUGUGUGAGCAGACAGCUUUUAUGCUUGGGCUGUUAUCGGGUUUGCGCAUUUGUAGUACUGUACUAGUAGAAUGAACGAAUUCUAACAUUGGAGCAUAUUUUUUAUGCAAGUUCGAAUGCCUAAGUUCAUAAGUUAUACAAUGUUUUCUUUUUUUCUUGUGAGCGAAGCGAAGUUGUACUGAACUACUCGCAAUAGUAGAAUUUUGUGGUAGUAGACACUGCCUUCUAAAUAAUGUGUAUUAAAUUUAGGGGAAGCGGUAUUAAAAU